GAAGCUAUGGUCUGCAAAAGAUUCUUGUGAGGUGCUAAGCUGAACUGGUUGUACAGUAUACAUCAUUCUUAAUGAGAAGAUCCCAAAGCACUGUACAGAUGUUAAUUCCAACACUAUUUUCAUAAGACAGUGAAAAAAGGAAGGUUGCAUAAAGCAGCUGAUACAUUCAAAACCUAUGUUGUUUUAAAAGUCCAAAAUUUAAAAAGCACUACAAUAGACAGAAGGGGAAGUGAACCUUGCUGGGAACAAGACUUCAUGUUUGAAAUCUGUGCUGAUGGAAAGGGCUUCAUUAUAGAGCUGUGGAAGAAAGGCUUGCUCUGGGAUAGCAUUUUAGGAGUUUUGUGGAUUCCGCUUGCAACUGUGGAACAUGCAACAGAUGAAGGUCCCGGUUCCUGGUGGACAUUACAUUCUGAAGUAAUAAAAAAUGGGAGUGAGAUUCAAGGCACAAAAACACCAACUUCACAUGAGAUCUUACUGGAUGUCUACUUUGCAUUACCAUUUGAUGCCCACAAAGAUUUAGAUUGCAGAGGCUGGCACAGAAGGAGACCUCUCCAAGGUACAAGACAUUCACAUCAAGAUACAUAUGAUAGUCUGUCAUCCAUGGAAAGUGAUCUCAGCAUACAAGAAAGCAAACAAAGGCCGAGUCUGUUUUGCCUGUGACCGUAAUUGGUAACAGUUUAACUCAUGUAAUACUUUUGUGUUCCAAGGGAAGGUAAAAUGGCUGUUUACA